ACAAACGUUGUUGCAAUUCCGUUUUUGACUGAAAAGUGAAUUUUAUUUUUUUCCAUCAUUUAUAUCAUCAUCAUCAUCAUCAUCAGAAUCAAAUUGUUUCAAUCCAUCUAUCGAAAUAAAUCCUUGAUCGAAUAAUUCUACAGUUUGUUUGUUUUAUUUUCUGAUUCACAUUCUUUUUUUUUAUUUUGUUUUCAUAUCAGAAUAUUAAAAUGUCCAACAAUCAAGAUUUCGAUAAUGUAUUGAGUGAUAUUUUACGUAUGGCUAAUUCACAUCGUUUGAUACCAUCGUUGGUGGAUGGAUUCAAACCUUGGCAACGUAAAAUAAUCUAUACUUGUUUUAAACGUAAUUAUAAAGAUAAUGUAAAUGUGGAAAAAUUAGCCGGAUUGGUCGUAGCAUCGACUCUGUAUAAUCAUUGUAUAAAAUAUUUGAUCAAAAGCAUUUUCAAAUUGGCACAGGAUUUUGUUGGAAGUAAUAAUAUUAGUCUUCUUCAAUCAUUUGAUCAAAUCGGAUUUGGAUCGAGAUUUCUAGGUGUUGAAGCUGUUGCUGCUGACAAACCUAGCUAUGUUAACACAAUGUUAAGUCCAUUGGCAAGAAAAUUGUUUCCACCAUUGGAUGAUCCAUUAUUGGCUUAUCAGUAUGAAGAUAAUCAAAGUAUUGAACCCAAAUAUUAUGUUCCCAUUAUUCCAAUGGUUUUAGUCAAUGGUGCAGUUGGCAGUGGUUGUAAGACUAUGAUUCCUAGUUAUGAUCCACGAGCUAUUGUUGAAAAUAUUAAACGAAUGCUUCGUAAUGAAGAACCUUUGGACAUGAAUCCAUGGUAUAAAAAUUUCAAAGGUACCGUGGUGAAAGUGGAACCAAUGAAUUAUGUUAUUAAUGGUGAAGUUGCCAAAUUGGAUGAACAGACUAUUGAAAUUACUGAAUUGCCAAUCGGCACCUGGACUUUGCCUUAUGAAGAAACAGUAUUGAAGCCUAUGUUACAUGGUACCGAAACAAGUUUCCCACUCAUCAAUGAUUAUGAAUCAUAUUAUACCACUACCAAAUUUAUAAUUAAAAUGAAUGAAAAUUCAUUGGAAAAAGUAAUUCAAGAUGGCAUACAUAAAGAAUUCAAAUUACAAACUUCAAUGUCAAUUUCAUCGAUGUUUUUGUUAGAUAAAAAUGGUGUUAUUCGACGAUAUAAAUCCGCUUUGGAUAUUUUGCGAGAAUUUUUCCAUGUUCGUUUGGAUUUCUAUGUUCGACGUAAGAAAUACCAUGAAGGAAUGCUUGAAGCUGAAAUAUUAAAACUUGAAAAUCAAUUUCGAUUUAUUUUGGCAAUAAAGGCUAAAAAAAUCAUCAUGGAAAAUUAUGAAGAUGGUGACAAAGAAUUUCACAAAGUAUUGACUGAACUAAAAUUUGAUUCGGAUCCUGUGAAAACAUGGCUUAAAAAAUUUAAUAUCGAUCAAAAUGAACCCGACACCACGUCGAAUAAUGAAAAUGUAGACGUUAAAGAUGAUGAUAAAAUUCCUGAAAUGGAAGAGGAGAAAAAAUAUGAUUUUGAUUAUCUCAUCGGUAUGCCAAUUCGAGCAUGGAUAAAAGAAAGAGUUGAAAAAUUAAUGAAAAAACGUGAUGCAAAAAAAUCUGAACUAGAAGAACUUAAACGUUCCACGCCCCAAAUGCUUUGGGAAAAAGAUUUGGAUGCAUUCGUUGAAGAAUAUGAACGUAUGGAAAAAAAUGAACGUGAAAAAGCGCUGACAAGUUUUAAACUUACAGAUAGGGCCUAUCCAAGUGAACAGGCUGUUCGUAUUGAACCGAAAAUUGAUUUCGAAAAAUAUCAGCCAAAAAAGAACGGGUAAAAAAAUCAAAUAAUAAUAAAGAAGAAACAAAAAAUGAU